AUGCGAAAGGUGGCGAAGAACAAAGACGGCCCUGUUAGGAAAAGUAAGAUGAGACUUGGCGCCUUCAUCCCUAUUGUUGCUGCUGGAGCUGCUGCCGCCGUCACUGUGUUGCUGCUGAGGUGGUCUUCCACGGCAAUGUUCCAUCUAUGGCUGGGGCCUCUUGGCUGGCUCGUGGCGGUGGCUGGUGCUGCUGCUGCUACUUCCUCUGUUACUGCCGCUGCUUAUGGGCAUUCAGAGUUUCGCCGGGACCCUGGUAUUCCGAAUUCUUACCCUUUCAAGGCGGAACUCUUGGCGAAUAUAGCGCGGCAGAAGCAGGAGAGGGAGGAACAGCUGCAGCGAGAGCGGGAGCAGAGGAAGCAGCAGAAGCAACAACAACGACAACAGCGUCAAGAGCAGUCCGAAGCAGCUGCUGCAGCUGUCCAGGCAGACGGAGCAACAGACGCCGAAGCUCUGCAGCGAAUCGCGGACAAGGCAGCAGCAGCAACGACGACCUUUGAAGCAGCAACAGCUGCUGGUCCUUCGGAGGCGGACCUGGCGCUUCAGUCGAUUGCUUCUUCUUUGACUCUGAGCAGUAGCAAACAGCAGCAUGUCGCUGCACUGCAGCGGCAGCAGCAGCAGCAGCUCCGGCAGCUCCUGGCAGCAUCAGACAUCAUUAUACAUGUCUUAGACGCGCGACUGCCCCUGGCGUUUCGAUGUGCGGGUCUAGAGCGAUGGGCACUUCGGGAAGGAAAGAAGGUCAUCUUGCUACUGAAUAAGAUUGACUUGUUGCCUGCUGCUGCUCUGGCGGCGUGGCUGCAUCACCUGCAGCGCAGCUCUGCGUGUCCUGUCCUGGCUUUCAAGUGCAGCAGUAGCAACAGUAGCAGCGCCGGCAAGCGCAGAGGCAGAUGGUGCGCAGCAGACCCCCUCCACGCCUCAGAUAAACUAAAGCGAAGUAGUUCACACGCCUUAGGCGUGCAGCCGCUUCUGAAGCUGUUGUCUUCGAUAGCCCAUGCUGCAGCAAAACCGUCUCGUGGGGCUGCAGCAGCAACAUCAACAGCGGAAAACGACACAGUUGCCGCCGAGAGCGGUGCCUCCGCCACCAGUUCCUCCAGCCGUCCUGCGUUCGGAGGUGGUAGCGGCAGCAGCAAGGCGUUCAUGACUGUUGGGGUUGUGGGCUAUCCAAAUGUGGGCAAGAGCUCCGUGGUGAACGCGUUGACCCGUAGCGCAUGUACAGCUUCAGUCGCUGCACUGCCUGGAAGCACUCGCCAGUUGAAGUUCAUCAAACUGGACUCGCAAACACAGCUCAUCGACUCCCCGGGGGUGCUUUUUGCGCCUCCAGCAAAAGAGGAGGACAGAGCCACCAUUCUGCCGCAUCCCCUGUCCAUCCUAGCUCUACAGCAGGAGCAGCAGCAGGGGCGGCAACUGGAGAAGCCAUUGGUGGCUUCUGCAUCUGUGCUGCUGCAGUCACUGCUACCGGUGCCACAGAUACCAGAUCCUGUUGCAGUCGCCGAGGCGCUGAUAUCGAUUUCAUGCAUACAGACACUACAGCGACUGUACCACUUGCCAUCAUUUUCAAACCCCAAAGAGGCAUUGCACGCACUGGCAAUGCGUAGAGGCAAGCUGCUAAAGGGAGGAACAGCAGAUAUAGAUGCAGCGGCGAAGAUGUUUCUUCAGGGGUGGCAAGAGGGGAGCAUUCCCUACUAUUCUUUGCCGUCAGGCUUCAGGGAUAAUGAGCCUGUCCGACUUGUCAACAAAAGUGAUAUGGAGGACGAGGCCAUUGCUGCGCUGCAGCAAGAGCUUGCAGACAGGCAACUGGCGGCUCUCGGAGUCACGCCAGCAGCAGCAUCGGCACCAGCCAGAGGGCCAGAAGCAGAAGCAGAAAGUGAAGACGCGCAGGCGUCUCACUCUGGGCAUGGAGCGAUGCGCCUUAUGUUUAGAGACAUUGCUAUGACAAAGAGACAACGGGAAGAACAGCGAGCCAAAACAGAGGCCUCUGAACGGAUGGAGCAUGUGGCUGCACGACAGAAGCAGCGCAAGCUGGAAAAGAAAAUGCGUCGUGGAGAGGCGGCAGCAGUGUCGAUGGAGGAAGACAAGGCAACUGAGGGCCAAACAGAGGUGACGGAAGACUUUUGA